UCUGGGAGGAGACCUUUCCUGGUGACGCUUUGCUUUUCUUCUGCUCUUGGUGAGAAAGUGCCUCCUUCUUCUCAGGACCAGGACCUCUGCCAUCCAGCGCCACAAAGAGACAUUCUGCACACACACUUUCACACACAUGCACACACACACUUGCCCAGAGACAAACUUAAGGUGAGAGGGAAGAGCCCUAGCUUCACUUGAUCUCCAGACUCCGACCUCAGCAAGACUUGAAAGCAUCAGAACUUGUGGAUUUCAGGACAAGUGAAGAAGAUUCUUUGGGAUAUAAAGAUGAAGAGUCUACUUCUUCUGGUGCUGAUUUCAAUCUGCCGGGCUGAUCAUCAUUCAGAGAACUAUACUCUAGAUCAUGACAGAGUUAUUCACAUCCAAGCAGAAAAUGGUCCCCAUCUACUUGUGGAAGCAGAACAAGCCAAGGUGUUCUCACACAGAGGUGGCAAUGUUACACUGCCAUGUAAAUUUUUUCGAGACCCUACAGCAUUUGGCUCAGGAACCCACAAAAUCCGAAUCAAGUGGACCAAGCUAACUUCAGAUUACCUCAAGGAAGUGGAUGUUUUUGUUUCCAUGGGAUACCACAAGAAAGCCUACGGAGGCUACCAGGAGAGAGUGUUUCUCAAGGGAGGCAGUGAGAAUGAUGCUUCCCUGGUGAUCACAGACCUCACCCUGGAGGAUUAUGGGAGAUAUAAGUGUGAGGUGAUUGAAGGAUUAGAAGACGAUACCACUGUGGUAGCGUUAGAUUUACAAGGUGUGGUAUUCCCUUAUUUUCCACGACUGGGGCGCUACAAUCUCAAUUUCCAUGAGGCCCAGCAGGCUUGUCUGGACCAGGAUGCUGUGAUUGCCUCCUUCGACCAGUUGUACGAUGCCUGGCGGGGCGGGCUGGACUGGUGCAAUGCUGGCUGGCUCAGCGAUGGGUCUGUGCAGUACCCCAUCACGAAGCCCAGAGAGCCCUGUGGAGGCCAGAACACAGUGCCUGGUGUCAGGAAUUACGGGUUUUGGGAUAAAGAUAAAAGCAGAUACGAUGUUUUCUGUUUUACAUCCAACUUCAAUGGCCGUUUUUACUACCUGGUCCACCCCACCAAGCUAACCUAUGACGAAGCGGUGCAGGCUUGUCUCAAUGAUGGUGCUCAGAUUGCGAAAGUGGGCCAGAUAUUCGCUGCCUGGCAACUUCUGGGAUAUGACCGCUGCGACGCAGGCUGGUUGGCCGAUGGCAGCGUCCGCUACCCUAUCUCUAGGCCAAGAAGGCGCUGCAGUCCCACUGAGGCCGCAGUGCGCUUCGUGGGUUUCCCAGAUAAAAAGCAUAAGCUGUAUGGUGUUUACUGCUUCAGAGCAUACAACUGAGUGCGCCCCAAGAGCACAUCAGUUUUAAAGUCAGUAAGAACAUGUGAAAGGUUUUUUUUUCAAUAUGAACUCAUGCAAGUUACCAAAACUGUGAUAACCUUUUUUUACUUACUGUAAAGAGUCAUUUUCAUAAAGACCAAUUCAUUAAUUUGUUUUUGUAAAGCUAUCAUUCAAUAUAUAUUAUAAAUUAAUAUAAUGUUAAGGGAAGCGCUACAUAAGGAGGCUUUAAAGCGAAACUGUUUAGUCUACAUCAUCCCAACGAAGUAUCCUUUCAUGAACGGGGCAUGCAAUAGCUUGAGGAUUGCUGGGAUUAAAUUAAGGAGAGUAAAGCUACUCAGAGCAGCAGCUUCCACAAGCACAAAUUUUAAACAUUUGUACAAUUUCAAAAUGCACUGCAAUAAGCAAAUUAGAGCAACAGAUUUGACAUACGGGCUUCUUUACAUAAACAGAUUCUGAGAGGUUGUACGAAACUCAGUUUCACAAGGAAACAAUCUAUACUUUUCUAAAAGUUAGUAUUUCAAGUUUCCAAUAGAUGGAAUAUUUUACUCUUUAAAAUCCUGCCUUUUUGACAAAAAUAAUAAUAAUUUUUAUGGACUCCAAUGCAUGGUAACAAGCACAGCUAAAACUCCUUAAUAAUUCCAUUUAUAUAAAGUACGAAACUUAAAUAAGCAGACAAUAUUUAACCAGUGAGAAACUCCUACCUUCUUCUAAUUAAAAUGACACAUGCCUGAGAAGAAUUGUUUAAUCUUCUGAGUAGCUUUACUGAGUUAUAUUUUAAUUCUAAGGGCCAUUUGCUAAGCAGCAUUUAGCGUCUACUCAGGGCAGUUAUAUAGAUAAACUGCUGGACAGAAAAAUUGUAAACUUUAGCAGCUUGAUUUUAUGUUAGCCUAUGAAAUGUUACUGUCCUACAAGAAUAAUCUUAAACUAUUUAAUAUUUCCUUCUUAUUUACAUUACAUGAAAAAAAUUAAGUCCCAAAAGGUAUGAAUAACUAUACACCUGCCUAACCAAGAAAUAAGGACCCACCUUUCAAAAUUCUUAUUAUUCCUAUUUGUAUGUACACUAGAAAGCCCAAUCGGUGCCUGUGUUUGGGAAAAAACGUCAACAAAGUAGUUCUAAACCUUCCUCCAUGUAGAAAAUGUGGUCAAUGAUGUCAUUUUCCUUGCUGGUCUUCAUUAGGCUUCAAUGAAAAGCUGAAGCUGUCAUCAAAGAGUUUACACUAAAAUCUUCAGGGCUUUAAUGAAAGGGAAGGCCAGCUUCAGAAAAACAGCUUUCUACAUUAGCAGCUCUAAUCUUAAAUAAAGCUCUGCUUUCCUAUAUUUUUAUGACUGUUGAGACCCCACAGGGACCAAUAUUUGUAUUCAAAUUACAUUUUAUGAUUUCCCAUUGUUUCACAAUGAGUUCUAAUAAAUGGGAUUUAGUAUAAUAAUCCAAGUAUGACAUAGCUGGUAUGCUUUCAUGAAUGUUUUUAUGUAGAUUUUCCUCCCAUGAACAUGAGUAAAUAAAUCUGUUUCCGGAA